AAUGAGCGGAAAUUAUCGUUCAUUCAUUUUCGUUGCUCGACGACCUCAUGUCGGCUGGUUCAGCAUUGCGCUAUAUCCUUUCGUGUGCAGCUAGCACUUCAGUACGUUUCGGUUGGCUAUCAAGUAGACAUUUUCGUGGAAAAUCAAUUCGUUUUUUGUUAUGGACAACGGCCUCGACGACGAGAGGCAGCGAGUUACCUGGCAAUUAAUAUGUAUUUUUGAGCCGCCUCGAAUAGUUUAAUGCUCGGUGAUUUAUAGUGAACAAAUGAAAAUGAUUGCAUGAGAGAUAAAAAAUGUUGAUAGCUACUUAAAAGUGUUACCAGCUGUACAAAGAAUAUUGCAAAAAAAUUCAAAGUGGGAAAAAUCGCAACAAAAAAAAAAAUUAUAUAAGCUCACAGAAUUUAAAACUUAAUGAAAUCUAUCACAAUCAAAUUUUUAUAUCUAAUUUACUUGGCUGUGUGAGCAUAUCAAUAUACAUAUGUAUUUGUAAGUAGUAAUCGUAUGUAUUAAUAACUUCGAGUUGGUAACAGAGGAAUUUAACGAAUCAGCUAACAGUUAAAAACACAUACCAAAUUGUGUAGUGAAAAAGUGUGGCAACAGUGUACAUCAAUUGUGUGUUGUGUAGCAGGAGCGAGAAAAAACGCUUUCAACUUCGCACUUUAAACGCAGGAGAUUGAGUUUUCAACUCUGGUGGGGAGCAGUAGUAGCUUUUAUAACAACAGCGUCCAGUUAUAAACAGGUGCAAAUUAGAAAAUAUGUCGACCGAUACAAAGCAGCGAAUUCAGGUGCCCGAAGCGCUGAGGGAAGUACUCUUAGAGUUCUCAAUAGCAUAUCUGCUCGAACAGCCUGGCGAUGUGGUGGAUUAUGCAGUACAGUAUUUCAAUAAAUUGCAGUCAAAUCGUCAGGCAGCAGCAAAUUUCUAUCGACCAGAAUCGCCAGAAAGCAGUAUCAUAUCACAAGAAGAAGAGCCUGUUCGACGCUUCACCUCGCGCCGCAAAUCCGUCUUUGCCGAAGCCUAUGAUCCAGAAAAUGAUGCCGAUGAUGACGAGGCCGAACGCAAGGUCUAUCCUAAAUCAGAUGAGCAGCGUGCUCGUCUAACCGAAUCGGUGAAAAAUGUAUUGUUAUUCCGUUCGCUAGAUGAUGAACAGAUGAAUCAAGUAUUGGACGCCAUGUUCGAAAAACGAGUGCAACCAGACGAAUACAUCAUACGCCAGGGUGAUGAUGGUGAUAAUUUUUAUGUUAUUGAGUC